GAAAGUUUCACUUUCAUUUCACUGUGAACGGGGAUUCUUACGAGCGCGACGUCGGAGAGGAAACACUCCAUAGACUUUUGUUUUUCAUUUGGUUAAAUAACAGCUAACACAGAAUGGUGGAUACUAAUUAACUAAAUUAUCACAAGUCAGUCAUCUGUGAUCCGAUCAGUCCAAAGGUCUCUUUCGCUUUCGGUUUAAUUCGUCUACCGGAGGUGAAAUCAUGCCGUUUCUACUGAAAGAAAUAAAGCACUUCGACAAACACGCAGCUAGUGUGUUGGAAGAUGCAGAGUUACGCACCGACUCCGACAUCCUGGCGCUGACUCGAGAAGAUCUGCGUGAUCUGUUCCCCGGACCUCUGAAGUUCAAGCUGAGGAAGACCCUGUUUGACAUGAUCCACAAACAGCCGAAUGCUGUACAGAUCCUGAAAAAACUGGUGGGGUUUCUCCCACGUGACUCUUUAAGGGCUGCUCUAACUGACAACGGCGUCCUGGUUGAUUACUGCCAAUACCUGAAGGACAUGAAGACCCACAUGAAUCACGUCCAGAGUUUUCCUCGAUGCUCACAUCGACCCUUCUGGAAGAAUUGAGCACAGAUCAGCCGUACAGUGGCCGAACCGACGGCUGUUCACAAGAAGCAGGAGAGCAUCGGUCCGGUCCAAGUGCUUCAGCACCGGUGAUCCCAGUUGAGCUCCACGAUGACCAAAGAGAUGUCUUUCCACGAGGAGCAAGAGAGCAUCGGUCCGGUCCAAGUGCUUCAGCCACCGGUGAUCCAGUUGAGCUCCACGAUGACCAAAGAGAUGUCUUUCCACGAGGAGCAAGAGAGCAUCGGUCCGGUCCAAGUGCUUCAGCCACCGGUGAUCCAGUUGAGCUACUCCAAAGAGAUGUCUUACCACAAGAUGCAGGAGGAGAGCCCUUCGUCAUUUUGUCUACACAGGACGAUGUGGAACCCCCAUUGUUGUACAAGAUGGUUGUCGGCGGUAGAACCUUUGACACCCACCUGAAGCUGAUGCAGGAGGUGGAGAAACCAUUUCAGAACCGACUCCGGGUUUGUGGCGCCCUGCAUGACAACAAGAUCACUUUUGUCUUCUGUCCGAUCAGUUCACGCAUCGGGGCAGAUGUUGAUGCAGCCAUGGUUGAUAUUAAAGAUGAUAAACCAAUCAUUCUGGUGUUGAUGCACCACACACACGAGGUCAGGCCUGUGACAUCUACGAAAAUACGGCCCGAAGACGACAAAGUUGUGUUGCGUGUCAACGUUUUCUACCAUGAGACAUGCGGGUUACUGAAGUGUAAAGAAAAUGAUGCUGCUGUCACUGAGAUAAAAAACAAAUUAUGGAUGAACUUCGUCCCGAGGAGUAACGAUCGCGGUGGAAAUUCCCAGGGUAGGGGUGCUGACCGCAAGGGUGCUGACCGCAAGGGUGCUGACAGUAACAUUAAUAAAUGGAACCCCAAGAAUUGGUAAACAUGUUUGGGGAUGGUAUUCAGUCAGUUCAUGUAAUGGAUUGCACCAACAGCAAAAAAUAAAACACAUUGCAGAAAACAUUAUUAUAUCCUCUUUGGUAAAGUAAUCGCGGGUGAAUAUAGUCUAAUGAUAAUUGUUUUCUCACAGGUUUAAAUAGCUAAACAAAAAGUUUUCUGCACAUUUUCUGCUGUUUUAAAAAUCCGAAAAGCUUCAGUGCUCAGUUAUCAGCCGGAUUGUAUAGAUUGAAGGACAAAUGUUGAAUCAAGUAUUUGAGCUGCUAGUAUUUGAUCAUCAGACUUAUAGUUAUAAUGACAUUAAUUUCCUUUAAUCAAAUGUCAAAGAAUCAGUUCUCCAGUUGCUACUGUUUCGGUAUAUAUUAGGACUUAAUUUAAGGGAUUAGAGUGUUACAAAGCUCAGUAAAUGUGUCUAUUUGUCUCAACACCAUACUCAACAAUUAAUGCUUCAUGUGUGCAAUGUUGCUGUCCCUUACUAUAUAAUUGUGUUGUAGAACGUGUAUGUAAGGUGGCAUGAUUACUAUUCCUUAUACUCUCAAAUAAAUGCAAUUAAGUGUGUAA